AGAAUGGAUGCUAAUGAAAUAUAUUGACGGUGACAACUCCGCGCGUCUGUGGAGGUCUCUUACGGAUGAUCAGCGGGAGACGUUGUGUAUAUCUGUAGCAGACACAUGGUCCAACUUCUUCGAUUACGCUUCAAAUACAUCGGGAGCAUAUACGAACAUCAAGAAAAAUCAGAAAAUCGGUAUUUUAUUGGUCCAAUGACCUACAUUCCACAAGCUGGAACUCUCGCAUCCCCAGAGGCUGCAACAUCUGGCCCAUUUUCAUCUUCCAGACAGUGGCUCGUAGCUGUGGCUAACGGCAAACUAUCCCCCACUCGAAAUAUUCCACCAGACGUCGACCACGAGCAGGAACGCAAGUGGCGGGAAACCGCUAUCGACAUCGUGCAGAAAUCACAUUUGCUUGACUCUCAGAUUCUUGACCACGAGCAGAUCGUCCUGUCCCACAUGGACUACUCACUGCAUAACAUCCUGGUCGAUCGUGACGACCCGACGAACUUCGGCUGCUGGAGAUGCGCGCACGGUGCAGCGACAUGGGCCAUUCUAUGUAUGACACUGGAGAACCAUUCCUGCAUCUAAUGUCGUGGAUUGAUGCACACUGUAUGCCUUUCUGUAGUACACGAUAAAGAUAUGAUGUAUAUUGAUUUCAAGCCUUAUCGCCG